GCAUCUCAUAUAAUGAUUGAUGUUUCAUCUUAGGGAGAAUAACAUUGAACCAACAACAGGCUGAGAGUUGAUGGAUAAGUCACAGGAGGCUGCUGAGGGGAGGAUAGCUCAUAAUAACGACUGGAACAGAAUGAGGGCGAUUGCCAACGUUGAGGACAUUGCAUUCCAUUCAAACAUACCUGUGGCGGCGGACAUAACAGUAGCCAUAGUGUACGCUGUGUUUGGUGUGUGCUCUCUGUUUGGCAACAGCACACUGCUCUACGUUUCCUACAAGAAGAAGCGCCUGCUCAAACCAGCUGAGAUUUUCAUUAUCAACCUGGCCAUCAGCGACAUGGGUCUGACCCUGUCCCUCUACCCCAUGGCCAUCACCUCCAGCAUCUACCACAAGUGGCUGUUUGGGAAAACGGUGUGUUUGAUCUACGCAUUCUGCAGCGUGUUGUUUGGGAUCUGCAGUCUGACCACUCUCACCCUGUUGAGCAUGGUGUGUUUUGUGAAAGUAUGUUAUCCUCUCUACGGUAACCGAUUCAACCCGGGGCAUGGCCGUCUGCUGAUAGUCUGUGCAUGGAUCUGGGCCCUGGUGUUCGCCCUCUCCCCUCUGGCCCACUGGGGUGAGUAUGGUCCAGAGCCAUAUGGCACAGCCUGCUGCAUCGACUGGCACCUGUCCAACCUGCACCCCGUGGCCCGCUCCUACACAAUGGCGCUCUUUAUCUUGUGCUACAUCGUGCCCUGCUGCCUCAUCACGGUAUCCUACACGGGCAUCCUGAUGACGGUUCGAGCCUCUCGUAAGGCCAUGGAACAUCACGAGGCCCGGCCGGCCAAGAUGAGCAACAUCCAGGCUGUUAUUGUGAAGCUGAGUGUUGCUGUCUGUAUCGGUUUCUUCACAGCGUGGAGCCCUUAUGCUGUGGUGUCGAUGUGGGCAGCGUUUGGACACAUGGAGAACAUCCCACCAUUGGCGUUUGCCAUACUCGCAAUGUUUUCCAAGUCCUCCACCAUAUACAACCCCAUCAUCUACCUACUGCUCAGGCCCAACUUCCGCAGGGUGAUGUACCGGGCCCUGCUGAGCUUUCGCAGGGCCUGUCUGAAGGGCUGCCUGUGCUCCUGCUCCCAAGGCGCUGUGGGGAAGUGCCGCUCCGGCUCUGUGGUCCAGGUUAGCCUCCGGUCGCUCCGCAGACCACCAGGACACGACCAGUCCUGUUCCACCAACUCAUCUGCCAACCAAGCCCUCGCCGGGUACAGAGGUUGUAGCAGCACCUGCGAGAAGUGCAGCGACGCCUUCGAGUGCUUCAGACACUACCCCAGAGAUUGCCAUGGUGGCACCAACCCCCCCAGCUCCUCAGUCAACACUAACGCACCUCAGGAUCAGCUCUCAACAGAGCCCCAGCUGCAGCCACUGACACAGAAACCAACACAGAAGCAGAGGCAGAAGCAUAAAAAACAGGAGGCCUGUCACAAGAAGUCCCUGCGAGCCACCAUGAGUGGCAAAAGGACCUCGGAGAUCGACAACCUUCAGAUCAACUUGGAGAUGGUGCCAGGACACGCAAAAUUUGCCUGGCCCUAGAAUGUGAUA